AUGCAGGGCCCUUAUUAACAGAAGGAAACUCUAGCAGACAUCCUUUAUUUAAUUGAAGAUGUAGAUGAAGAAAUCUUUGGGGUUAUAUUAGUAAUAUUAAGAAAGGAAAAAGCGUAAGACUGCAUUAGAUUUCUAUCAGACAUGGGGAAUCAGAGACAAUUAGAAUCAUUAAUUUUGCAACAACUAGAGAACUUCACCAAAACAGAUACAGAAUGGAAAUUGUCUGUUGUUAGAAAAGACUUGAAAAAAACUAACGAUGUCCUAAAAGAAUUAAAAGACCAUGACUUUAAUAAGUUAGACUAUUCCUCUGAAGAAAUUGAAGAAUCUGCAUUAAGUCUUAUUAAAAGAAUCAAGGAUAAUAAAAAGAUCAUUGCAUUUCUAUUAUUUGUAGUUCACCUCACCUCCAUUGAUGAAACUUUAAUAUAGGGUGGGUCUAAUUCAUUACAUUUAUUAGUCUUAAUGCAGGUAAACCUUAGUAAAAAAAAUUUUGAAAAUAUAAAAAUCUAUAAUACUUCUUUAGUGGGAGCUAAUUUUGUUAGGUGUAAUUUUAGUGGAUCCUAAUUUAAUAAUGUCAACAUAAGUGGAAUAAAUCUGAAUGGAGCAAUAUUAUUUAAUUGUAAAUGGAGAGGCUUAAGAAUCUCUGAAUUAAAGAAAUUACAUGGUCAUAGUGAUUAAGUAAGAUCAAUUUGUUUCUCUCCUGAUGGAAGUACAUUAGCUUCUGGUAGUGAUGAUAAGUCUAUUCGUCUUUGGGAUGUCAAAACCGGAUAAUAAAAAGCCAUAUUCGAUGAUCAUAUUAAAAAUGUUAAUUCAGUCUGUUUCUCUCCUGAUGGAAAUACAUUAGCUUCUGGUAGUGAGGAUAGCUCUAUCCGUAUUUGGGAUGUAAAGACAGGAUAAUAAAAAGCCAAAUUGGAGGGUUAUAGUAAUGCUGUCUACUCAGUCAGUUUCUCUCCUGAUGGAAAUACAUUAGCUUCUGGAAGUGAAAAUGGGUCUGUCCAAUUAUGGGAUACUAAAACAAGAAAGAAAAGAGCCAAAUUAGAUGGUCAUGCAUAUUAUGUCUACUCAGUCUGUUUUUCUCCUGAUGGAAAUACAUUAGCUUCUGGUAGUUUAGAUUACUCUAUCCGUUUAUGGGAUGUCAAAACAGGAUAAUAAAAAGCCAAAUUGGAUAAUCAUACUAAUACUGUCUACUCAGUCUGUUUUUCUCCUGAUGGAAAUACAUUAGCUUCUGGUAGUAGAGAUAACUCUAUCCGUUUAUGGGAUGUCAAAACAGGAUAAUAAAAAGCCAAAAUGGAGGGUCAUAGUAAUAUUGUCUAAUCAGUCUGUUUCUCUCCUGAUGGAAAUACAUUAGCUUCUGGUAUUUAUUAAGAUAUUGGUCUAUGGGAUGUAAAAACAGGAUACUAAAAAGCCAUAUUGGAGGGUCAUGAUGAUUAUGCUAUUUAAGUCUGUUUCUCUCCUGACGGAAAUACAUUAGCUUCUGGUAGUAGUGAUAAAUCUAUCCUACUUUGGGAUGUCGAAACAGGAUAAUAAAAAGCAAUAUUCGAUGGUCAUACUAAAGAUGUUAAUUUAGUCUAUUUCUCUCCUGAUGGAAAUACAUUAGCCACUGGUAGUGAUGAUAACUCUACCCGUAUUUGGGAUGUAAAGACAGGAUAAGAAAUUGAAUCCUCUGAUAAAAAUUACAAAGAUCUUUAAAUAUAAUAUAGGAUUCCAUUCCAAAAAUAUAAUCCUCUUUCAGAAGGUUGUAUUUAUCUUUUUAAUAUUAUUAGGCUCCAAUUACAUUAUUGUGCUUCGUAUAUCCCAAGAGGCAAUAUUUUAAGCUAAAGGAGCUUUUAUUCUAAAAGGAGAAUAUAUUGAUCAAUCAGGGAUUGACUUAAAGACAUUUUUGAAACAAAAAGGAAGUUGCUUUUUAGAAGAUUUAAAGCUAAAGUGA